AUGCGGCCUCCACCUUCUUCAUUCUUUUCUUCCUCCGACAUCCUCCUCCUCCCCCGAUCCAAGCCUGCAUCGCGCCUCCUGACUCAACGUCUCUCGGUAACAUCUCCGCGACGCCUCGGACAACCGUUUACUCGCAGAACAUACUCUACAGAACCAACCGCCCCCGUCCAUCCAUCAUCACCACCACCACCACCACCACCACCUCCGCCUCCUCCCCGAUCGCGUCUCCGCCGAAUCGCAGGCUUCACGACCAUCGCCAUCCUCGCCUUCACCGCAGGCCUAACCUACCAAACCAGCAAAACAGUCUCGCUCCUCAUGGCCGCACCACCCGCAACCGCCGACGGUCUCCCCGUCUACACUCCGACGGACGAAAUUGCCGCCGAGAUCAACGAGAAACUCCGCACACACCCCGAAGCCGAGCGCCUACGCGCUAACCCCGACUUCAAAGAAGCCCGUCCCCACCUGAACAUCCCCGAAGCCAUGCGCGAGCGCAUGCUCACAGCAGGUGCCCUCUCAGGACCGAACAAGAUUGUCGUACCGCCCUACGUCUUCAGCGAGCGCGGCGGCAAGAGCAUGGUCAGCCUGAUGUAUCUUGGUUCCGACGUGUGCGGACACCAGGGCAUUGUUCACGGUGGACUGUUGGCUACAUUGCUAGAUGAGGGUUUUGCGCGAUGCUGCUUUCCCGCAAUGCCGAAUAAGGUUGGCGUGACAGCGAAUCUGAAUAUUGAUUAUCGGGCGCCCGCGCUGGCGAAUAAUUACUUUGCGCUUCGGGCGGAGACGGUUCGUCAGGAGGGGAGAAAGGCUUGGGUUGAGGGUCGCAUUGAGACUCUUCCUGAAGAUGGCAGUGAGCCCGUUGUGCUGGUUGAGGCGAAGGCUUUCAACAUCACCUUCCACGCCGCAGGCCUCACCCGCACCGAGCGCGAGACCGAGCGCAACCAGCGCGGUCUGACAAUCUGGCUGACCGGCCUCUCAGCCUCCGGCAAGUCCACCAUCGCCGUCGAGCUCGAGCGCCAACUCCUCCGCACCCGUAACGUGCACGCCUACCGUCUGGACGGCGACAACAUCCGCUUCGGCCUGAACAAGGACCUCGGAUUCAGCGAGGCCGACCGCAACGAGAACAUCCGCCGCAUCGGUGAAGUCGCCAAGCUCUUCGCCGACUCUGCCUCCAUCGCUAUCACUUCCUUCAUCUCCCCCUACCAGAAGGACCGUGACUCUGCCCGCGCCCUGCACGAGACUCCCACCCCGGCGAGACUACCGGUCUACGUUGAUGUCCCCGUUGAGAUUGCUGAGCAGCGUGAUCCUAAGGGUCUGUACAAGAAGGCUCGUGAGGGUGUGAUUAAGGAGUUCACUGGUAUUAGUGCGCCUUAUGAGGCGCCUGCCAACGCUGAGGUGCAUAUUAAGAAUGUCGAUAUUUCUUUGCAGCAGGCUGUUGAUCAGAUUAUUGACUACCUUGAUUCCAAGGGAUAUCUUCCUCCUAAGAAGGAGUAA